AUGGCUGAAGCGAAAGCUUUAUCUGAAGCGAAACUAAGACGUAGAACUGCUAAAGCCGCGCUAACCCGUAUAAGUAAAACGCUGAGAAUUAAACUACAAAACGAUAGACCCCCAGGCGAAAUAACCGAAGCUUUGCAAAAGGUGAAACAGGCGUAUAAUGAUUUAGUCGUUAAACAUGAAGAAUAUGCCCAGAACAUUGAAAAUGAUGAGGAAUUCGAAACAGAGGAAAAAUGGCUAGAAGAAAGUCAGGAUGCGUAUCUUCAACUAGAAUGUACAACAAAUGAUUAUAUUAUAAAUAAAAACAUGCAACAGACAUUGGGCGGAAGUGUUGAACAACCGGAAGCGAGUAGCGGAAAUAACGGAAGUGAAGCCCAAACGAACACUGAACAGUCGGAAACAGUCGGAGAAACUUCGGCAACUGAACAGCAAGCUGUAAAUGUGAACAACCAAGAAGAAACUUCUGAAAAUAAUGCUCAAUCGAGUAAUAAUGUCCAAGAAAAUGUUCAACAAAGCGCCACAACACCCUGUGGAUUCAAAAUGGAAAGACCCAAGAUGCCGCGAUUUGCUGGAGACGUCCGAGAUUACGUCAUAUUUCGAGCUGAUUUUAAACAUGCUGUAGAUUCAAGGUACGGUAAAAGAGAUGCAAUGUCCUUGCUACGUACGAGCCUUAGCGGAAGACCCUUGGAGCUGAUAAAAGGAAUUGGUAGCGACUACGAUGCUGCAUGGGAGCACCUAGAUUCGAUAUACGGAGACCCUAGAUUUGUCGCAGACACUGUCACCCAUGACAUUUCAAAAUUCAAACCACUUCGUGAAGAUGAAGACUCAAGAUUUUGUGAUUUAACCCAACUGGUUAGAAGAAGCUACAACACGCUCAAGGAAGUCAACAGACAGUUUGACAUGGAUAACAAUCACAUGAUAGCAAUAAUUGAACAGAAAUUGCACAUGAAUGACAGGAAGAUCUGGUCGCGCCAUUUGGAAAGCAGUGGAAAAGAGGCUACAUUAGAAAAUCUAAUCACAUGGAUGACAACAGAAAUGAAAACAAGAAUGAGAGCUACAGCGCCUCUGAGAA